UUGCUGCUACGCGCAAGCUUGUCCGACGCCAAUGUCGUCAGCCUUUUUCAAGCCCUCGAAAUAAACAGCAGCGUCUCAGUCCUGGAGAUUCGUUGCGUCGCGUUCAGGAGGGGGUCCCACGUCGCUCUGGCACGAAUGGUCGAGCGUAAUCGAUCGAUGGCCGUGCUCAAGAUUGACCUGCGAGAGAGUGACCGUGACCAAGAGAUUCAGCUAUUCUCCAUCUGCCGCGAGCUUCAGCGAGCCAUUCCACGAAACCGAUUUCUUCUGGACGUCCAGCUGCGGACGAAUGAUGUCGAACUGUACAAUGAUGCCAUCAUCAGGAGCGCCAUUAGACGUAACCACAUGCUCGUCAACCAAGCUGUCCGGUUCAUCAAGGGCUCCAUGGAGAAACAAGACGCCCUGGCUUUUGAGACCCUACAGAACUGCGCAUCACUACACUCGGCGCUGCGCAUUAGCCUAAACGCAUCUGACGAAUCCGACAUGAACCAUUACAUCGCCGAGGCGCGCCAGAGGCUUUCCUUCGACUACUUUGUCCUCACGGGCAUCGUCAAGGCCAACAUAUCAUGCCGCCCGCAUCGCAAAGGAAGGACUAUGUUCGAUAACCUCUCCAAGCACAUACAGGCUCACAUCUGCUCGUUCUUGAGCUUGACCCACGUCGAGGACAGCUGAGGUGCCACAUCGUUGCUUGGUUGGUUUGUUGGUCAAACUUGUGAACAUUCAUUUCGUGACAACGGCGCUGUCACGCGUCGGCAGAAAGGAGGUCGAUCGACGCGGCCAUGUCAUGGACGAGACAACUGAACUGCAUACAGUCGUACCACACACAGGCGACCUUUCCUUUUACCAAUGCAUCAUCGACCAUUUACUUUUAGUUUCUUAGC